GGGGGGCCAGGGAACUUUACCGUUACUUUCACUUUCACUUCUGAAUGUGGUGGUGGUGGUGGAGGUUUGGGUCCCGUCUGGGGGGGGGUGUGUGUGAAGGUGGUGGUCCCCCCCCCCUCCCCCCUUUCUCUGCUCUGUGUUCCUCCCCCCCAGGCGCCCAGAGCAUCUCCUGCAUCGUGCGGAUCGGGGGGGCCCUGCUGCGGGGCUUUGUGCACUCCCUGCUGCAGCAGGAAGGGGGGCUGCCCCGGCCCGUGUCCCCUGAGGAGCUGGGGGGGGGCGAGGAGGGGGGGCCCGAGGAGCCCCCCGUGUCCUCCCUGCGAGUGGCCGCCCUCCGGGUCUGGCACCGCCUGAGCCAGGACCCCGAGAUGGACAGCCUGGUGGGGGUCCUGGCCGGCCGCCCCCCCCUGCCUGCCCUGGCCGAGGUCUCGGAGCAGCUUUUCCAGGACGGGAUCAACUGGGGCCGGGUCGUGGUUUUCUUCUACUUCACCUACAGGGUGGUCCUGCAGGCGCUGUUGGGGGGCCGCUCCCUCCAGGCCAUCAUGGGCUGGGCCGUGUCCUUCCUGCAGGGGCGUCUCUCCGCCUGGAUUCGGGACCAGGGGGGCUGGGGUGCUUUCUUCAGCUACAGCCCUCCCCAACCCAGCCGGGACCCCUGAGAACGGCUGAAACGGGGGAGCCGGGCCCUGGGGGGGGGGGGGGGGGCACGACACCCCCGACCCCCCCCCUCCAUGUUCCUGGGGCAGCUGAAACCCCCGAGUCAGCUCCGCUGUGGGGCCCGGUUCCUCUUUCAUGGCCUCAGGGGCUGAAUCAGCUCCUUUGUGUCCCGCCCCCCCAUCAUGACCCCAGUUCAUUCAACUCUAACGAACGCGCAGUUGCAGCCUCACCAGGGGGGUCAGCGCCAGCGUUACCUGCCCCUCCCCCCCGGGCUGCCCCCAACUCUUCUCUCCCCAGGGCUGCCCCCCAACUCUCCCUCCACCUUU